AUGCAGCACUAUAGCCAAGACCUGCCCAAGUAUCCCCAACACCCGCGGAGGCCUACCAGGCGGGCGGACAUGGAGGCAUACUUCGAGUACGUUUACUUGCAAGCUUGGGCCUCUGGCUCGUCUCGUGUCUACUGGAUUGUUGCACGCAAUGGCCAACUGACCCGACCGACGGUGCCUGUGGGCCACAUGAGUGGGUCAGCUUUGAGCCGCCGAGACAGGAUUGGUCAAGAACAACAGGACUUGAUCAGAUCUGUGCAGGAACGCGAGCACCAGCGCAACCACGGCCUUGCAGCCGAUAUGCAGACCUCAGCGGCCGGCUCGGCGACCAUGUACGCCGAGCAGCGGCCAUGGCUGGAGAGAACGAGGUGGGAGAUCACGUACAGGAACAGGGACCGAAGCCUGCACCGUUGCCUUAUCCAGACACCCUAUCUCAGUUUCUAUGGGCGGCCAGAUGCGCCGCCGUACCUCCUCGCUAGCGCGGCCCGAGUCACUGGUCUCUCCACCGAUCUAGUCAGCCCGCGCGAAGAUGAGAUCAAGAUCGAUGGGAUCUUGAAGGCCGUGGAUGUGGUUAUGGACCGCUGUGAAGAGACCGUUCACAGGACGAGUCGCAAUCUCCUUUGCUGGCUGAAAAGCAACCAUCCCCAUAUGCCUUACUCCAAGCCGUUCACACUGGUCAAACAUGCCUCAUCAACCACCAGAUACCGCUUACUACUGAAAAAGGCAUUGGCCUUCUGUUUUCGGGUAUACCGCAUGGACGCGAAGCAACGAGAGCGGCUUAUUGGCGUGCAUUUUAACAAGAAGCUGAAUCGUUUCCUUGAUGAAAUUUGGCAUCAUGAAGACCUAGCCAAUCUACCUUUAGUCACCGAGGAUGUGGCUCAGGUGGAAGGGCGGGCCGAAGAGGCGAAUGGGGACGAAAUGGGAGUCGAGUUGGAGGAUAUGGAUAUGGAUAUGGACGGAAAUGUCUAUGGAGACCUUGACAAGGAAGACGACGACGACGACGACGGCUACAGCGAUCUGCAAACCACCACCGAUAACGACAGUGAUGAUGAUGCUGAUAUACCUAGCGAUGACGACGAGAAUGGAGAAGGGGGCUUCACUAAUAGACCCGAAAGAGUUGAGUCACUUGGCUCCCUCGACGAGCUCGUUUUCGGCCUGAGUCUCGCUUUAUGUACGGAACGGUUGAAGGACGGCCAACCAAGUUCGACGGUGCUUGUGUACUUCAGCGGUAUACUUGCAUUCUCGGAAGCAACCAACAGCUUCCACAACGCGCGUUCCUACACACCUUACCUUUCUGGACUUAUAUACAUCCAGCGACUCCUUUUCCUUGAGCGAGCUCUUCCCCUGCGGCCGUAUGCUCUUCUAAGAAUCGAACGCCGGCCGCGGUUCAAACAGCUUGAGCGGUUCAAGCAGGUGCAUAGGCGGCACAUGGUCAUGGGAUCCCAAUCGACGUUUGAAGAAUUUGUCAGUCUUCGUGCCUACGGGUGCGUGGCAGCCCGCAACGAUACGCCUUCCUUUUUCCUGUACUGGAGCGACGACGGCCAGAGGGUAAGCUGGGGGCAAGCGACAGAGGUCUCUAUGGGGCAGUUCAGGUCUCUGAGCGCAUAUCUCAUCAGAGAGGCCAAUCGCCUGUGCAACGAUUUGAUGUUCGGGCUCGAGCCUGACAUCGACCUGCUCAAGAUCAAAGACAACAUGGCCAACUGUGACAAGGGAUACUCUUUCGUGACGGACCCCAGGAACGAACUGACCUCAGCCUAUCUCGAUUUACUCAGGAGAGCUUGUACAGCUCGGAGUGGGUGUCUCUCGCGAGGGAAUUCUUGGAACUGGGCAGAGGUCGACCAAUACAUGAAAAAGGAUGAGGACUUUCGCGAGCUCUUGGGAACGGGGAUGUCCUUGACUGGCGGUCAGCUGCCACGAUGGCCAGAACUCUCCAGCCUCUGGGUUGAGAACGACGAACUUGGACCCAGAGGCCUCUACGUCUACAAAGGCUACAUUAUCUAUGUGGUCCGUCACCACAAGGCCAAAAGCUCUACCAACCGAGAAUUCGUCGUCGUUCGUUUCCUUCCAGCCGAGCUUGCGUUAGCCGUCUUCAAGUAUUGUACCUACAUCCGUCCCUUCAUCAAUUUGCUAGACAGGGAGCGCGGCAUUGUCAGCCCAAGCGAGGCGGGCCAGAGUUCCUCGCCGCUGCUCUUCCGAACCCAGACCGUAUCUUCCAACAGCAAGGUAUGGAGCACCAGCCGCUUCACCAGUGUGAUUCGAAAGGUAACGACAGAGGCUUGGGGUUUGCAGUAA